GACAGACAGAAUAGGAGGACACACAGCCAGACAGCACUUACAGGGAGAAAGCUGAUCCCAGUGACAUAGCCCAGCGACAGAACAGCACCGCUCUCCUUCCCUCUCAUCAUUCCACACACAUGGACACAUAACGGUGGGAUUCAGGGACGCUCGCCCUACAUGCUGUGUGUUCUACAGAUACAUUCUGCACUAUGGCAAGGUGGAUUUUAUCACUGGAUUGGUGGAAAGCCUCUUUAUUUCUGCUAUUUCUGCAAGAGCUUCACACAGUAAGAACAGCUUCUCAUGUGAAUAUUCUAGAAGCUCUGGAACUCCGAGAAGGCAGCAGAGGAGUAACACUUGCGUCAGGACUUUGCACACAGCGGCAGGGGAUCGAGGAGACGGAUAUUGCUUACCGAUUAGAGAACAGAACACACUUCAGUGCUCCCACCAAGCAGCUAUUCCCAGAUGGAACUUUCCCUGAGGACUUCUCUAUACUCAUCACUCUGAGGGCCAAAAAAGGAGCUCAGUUCUUCAUAUUCUCUAUUUAUAAUGAGCAUGGAGUCCAGCAGCUUGGUGUGGAGAUAGGGCGUUCCCCUGUGUUUUUAUAUGAAGACCAAAAUGGCAAACCAAGCCCCGAAAACUACCCUUUCUUCAAAAAGAUCAACUUGGCUGAUGGCAAGUGGCACCGGAUAGCAUUUAGCGUGGAAGGGAAAAACAUGACGAUGAUUAUUGACUGUGACAAGAUGCAGAGCCACACGCUGGACCGGAGCACUAAUCCCAUCAUCAGCACAGAAGGAGUGACUCUCUUAGGGACCAGACUGCUCGACGAAGAAGUGUUUGAGGGGGAUAUCCAACAAUUAAUGGUGGUGCCAGACCCCAGAGCUGCCUUUGACUAUUGCACCCAUUACAUGCCCAGCUGUGAGUCUGCCCUGAUCUACGCCAUACAUGCUGAAGACCCUGAAUUUCCUGAAGAGAGCAAUCAAGAAACUAAGCCAAGAAAAAAAGGCAAGAAAGGGAAAGGCAAAAAAAAGGACAGGAAGGGCAAAAAGAAGAAGAGAAAAUCUGUCGUUGAGGAGACAGAACCCAGUCUCAGCACUAUCAUGGCUGUUACACAAGGAUAUACUACCUCAUCAAUUACACCAGCAGUCACUAUCGUCACGACAGAGACAAGAAAAAAUACCCAUCUCAGAGAAGAGGACCCUUUAUCUGAUUACGAUGACUAUUACUAUACUCCAUCGCCUGAAGAUGUCACAGUAUCAACAGUUAUAGCGAACUUCACUGAUAUGGAUAACGAGGAAAUGUCAGAGAUGUAUAUUUUUGGAGGAGAAGAGGAGAACAACACAAGAGGGAAUGACUAUGAGUUCAGCGAGUAUGACGAUGAUGAUUAUGAAGAAAGGCGGAGGAGAUAUGGACCUGUAGAACGUGGUGAAGUGGAAACUCAAGAAUCUAAACCACAGGAAGUGAGUUUGAAAGGAGAGAAAGGAGAACCAGCCAUCUUGGAACCUGGAACUCUGAUUCAAGGGCCACGUGGAAACCCAGGUUACCCGGGAGAUCCAGGGACUGCUGGGCCAGUUGGGCCCCCUGGGCCACGUGGAGAUCCAGGUGAGAGGGGGCCUCCUGGGCGACCUGGUCUUAAUGGAGCUGAUGGUAUCCGAGGACCUCCAGGGAAUACUGUGAUGCUCCCUUUCCAGUUUGGAGGGGAUUCAGGCCUACAGACAGUGUCUUUCCAGGAAGCACAGGCACAGUCCAUCUUACAGCAAGCAAAAUUGGCUAUGAAAGGACCCCCUGGUCCAACUGGGAUGACGGGACGUUCAGGCCCACUCGGUCCUCCUGGAGCAGAAGGUCCAAAAGGUGACUAUGGGGAUCCAGGACCUCCAGGUGCUCGGGGCUUCCAAGGUAUCCCAGGAUCUCCCGGAAAGCUUGGCAAAAGAGGGCGCUCUGGAGCAGAUGGUGCUCGUGGUGUUCCAGGAGAAACUGGAAUGAAGGGUGAUCGGGGUUUUGAUGGUUUGCCAGGACUCCCAGGAGAAAAUGGUCACAAGGGAGAAGUAGGUGGCCAAGGUCCUGCUGGUCCUCAUGGAAAGGAUGGGGAAAAGGGUUCUGCUGGACCACCGGGGCCUGCGGGUUCUCCAGGAGAAGCAGGUGCUCGAGGUUUGGUUGGCCCCCGUGGGUCCCUUGGACCUCCUGGUCAGCAAGGAGUGAAUGGAAUUGAUGGUGCUCAAGGCCCAAAAGGAAAUCAGGGUAUCCAAGGAGAGGCAGGACCUAAUGGGCAGCAAGGAACUCCAGGACCCCAUGGGCUGCCCGGACCUCAAGGUUCCAUUGGAUUGCCUGGGGAGAAGGGCCCUCCAGGAAAGUCAGGAAUCCCAGGACUGGCUGGAUCAGAUGGACCACCUGGGCAUCCAGGAAGGGAAGGGCCGGCUGGUGAGAAGGGAAUUCAGGGUCCACCAGGCGCUCCGGGCCCAAUAGGUUACCCUGGCACACGUGGCGUUAAGGGAGCCUUUGGCGUAAGAGGGCCAAAGGGAAGCAAAGGGGAGAAGGGCGAAGAUGGAUUUCCAGGUGUUAAAGGAGACAUGGGAAUCAAAGGAGACAGGGGGGACUCUGGUCCUCUUGGAGUACGUGGAGAGGAUGGUCCUGAGGGGCCAAAAGGGCAGGCUGGACCCCUUGGUGAAAUAGGACAAUUGGGGGUACCUGGUGAUAAGGGAAAGCUGGGUGUACCAGGACUUCCCGGAUAUCCAGGCCGUCAGGGUGCCAAGGGUUCUACUGGCUUUGCAGGACCAUUGGGAACAAUUGGAGAGAAAGGCAAGAGGGGGAGAGCUGGACAAGCUGGACCACCAGGUCAACGAGGCCCUACAGGCAUUCGUGGAGAGCGAGGUCAAAGAGGACCAACAGGAAAACCAGGUCCUAAAGGGGACAGUGGCAAUGAUGGAGUUCCUGGCAGUAUGGGUGACAAGGGACCUUCAGGUCCUCAGGGGCCUACUGGUUUUGCAGGACCCAAAGGGCCUCCGGGACCAUCUGGGAAGGAUGGGUUACCUGGACAUGCUGGGCAGCGAGGAGAGCCAGGAUUUCAAGGCAAAACAGGACUUCCAGGGCCAGUUGGAGUUGUGGGGCCACAGGGCAAAUCUGGAGAAAUAGGGCCUAUGGGUGAGAGAGGUCACCCAGGAGCUCCAGGAUCACCAGGGGAACAUGGAUUGCCUGGGGCAGCUGGAAGGGAAGGGGCAAAGGGAGACCCUGGUCCAACUGGUAUUCCAGGAAAAAAUGGACCACAAGGAUUAAGAGGGUUUCCAGGGUCCAGAGGUGUUGCAGGAGAAGCUGGUCCAGCUGGAUUGAAAGGAGGGGAAGGGCCACCUGGAGCAUCGGGUGCAACGGGGCCCACAGGUGAACGUGGUCCUUCUGGACCAGCAGGUGGCAUUGGGCUUCCAGGUCGGCAAGGAGGCCAGGGACCAUCAGGACCAGCUGGUGAAAAAGGGAACCCGGGAGAGAAAGGGCCUAUGGGACCAGCAGGACAUGAUGGAGGACAGGGCAGCAUUGGACCUCCAGGAUCUGCUGGCCCCCCUGGGCCUGCAGGUGACGACGGAGACAAGGGUGAAUUGGGAGGACCUGGACAGAAAGGAAGCAAAGGAGAUAAGGGUGACCAUGGACCUCCAGGACCAAUUGGAAUUCAGGGACCAAUAGGACACCCUGGACAAGCAGGUCAAGAUGGAGAACCUGGCAAGAGAGGUCAGCAAGGAAUGUAUGGACAGAAAGGGGAUGAAGGCUACAGAGGGUUUCCUGGUGUGGCAGGUCCAAGAGGACUUCAGGGCAUGCCUGGGCCACCAGGAGAAAAGGGAGAGAGUGGACAUGUUGGACCAAUGGGCCCACCAGGUACUUCAGGUCCUAGAGGGCCACAAGGUCCUAGUGGUGGUGAGGGAGUUCAAGGAUUGCCUGGUGGGACAGGACAGCCUGGAGCCGUGGGAGAAAAGGGAGAAUCAGGGGAAUCUGGAGACCCAGGCCAAACUGGAGAACAAGGACCUCCUGGAACCAAAGGUGAUGUUGGAGAAAAGGGAGAAUCAGGGCCUUCAGGGGCAGCUGGGGCUCCUGGAAAGAAAGGCCGUCCAGGAGAAGAUGGACCCAAAGGAAACAUGGGACCUAUUGGCUUUCCUGGAGACUCAGGACAACGGGGAGAAGCUGGCGUACCGGGUGUGGAUGGGGUGCCUGGAGAAAAAGGGGAUGGCGGAGAAAGUGGAAAUGCUGGUCCUUCUGGGCCAUCGGGAGAACCUGGGCCUACAGGUCCACCAGGUCGAAGGGGGCCACUUGGACCAGCUGGAAAAGAAGGCAGACAGGGUGAAAAGGGAACAAAGGGAGAAGUUGGAGGAGAAGGACAGCCUGGAAAGACAGGACCAGUGGGGCCACAAGGAUCUCCUGGAAAACCAGGAUCAGAAGGUCUGAGGGGCAUCCCAGGACCUGCUGGUGAACCAGGACUGUUGGGACCACCUGGACAGACCGGACCACCUGGACCCAUGGGCCCUGCAGGAUUACCAGGCCUUAAAGGAGAUCCAGGUUUUAAGGGUGAUAAGGGUCAUGCUGGAUUGAUCGGUUUAAUUGGACCUCCAGGUGAAAUGGGAGAGAAAGGAGACAAAGGACCACCUGGAAUCCAGGGAGUACCAGGUCCCAAAGGUGACUCUGGGCCUACUGGACCUGCAGGACCAAAUGGACCACCAGGACUUAGUGGCUUAUUGGGCCCUUCAGGCCAGAAAGGCUCAAAAGGAGCUCCGGGCCCACUGGGACUAAAGGGAGAUCCAGGAGCAGCAGGACCUGCUGGGCCCCCAGGUUCACCUGCUCAGUUCAUACAGCCUCUGCCAUACGAGGGAACUAGGAAAAGGCGUAGGCAGUCAGAGGGAGAACAGGCAGAUCAGGGCCUCGCUGAUUACAUGAAUGACAAGGUCGAGGAGGUAGAAGCUGCAAUCGUUUCCAUAAAAAGAGACUUAGAACACAUGAGGCGGCCUGUAGGAUCCCAGGAGAGCCCUGCAAGAACCUGCAAGGAACUUCAGAUGUGCCACUCAAAUUUGAAGGAUGGAGAAUACUGGAUUGAUCCAAACCAGGGAUGUAACCGUGAUGCCUUCAGAGUGUUCUGCAAUUUCACAGCAGGAGGAGAAACCUGUCUCUAUCCAGACAAAAAGUUCGAGUCGGUGAAAAUUGCAGCGUGGAAUAAAGAAACCCCAGGAGAAUGGUACAGCUCCUUUAAACGAGGAAAGAAGUUCCACUACAUUGAUGCCGAUGGAAACCCUGUACAUGUAGUGCAGAUGACCUUCCUCAAGCUGCUCAGUGCUGUAGGACGGCAACAGUUUGCGUAUAAUUGCCAGCAAUCUGCUGCAUGGUUUGACAUGUCACAGGGAAACCACAACAGGGCGAUGAAGUUCAAAGCAGACAAUGACGAGGAGCUAACACACAGUCGCACACCACAACUCAGGGCAAUAUAUGAUGGGUGCAUGUUUCGGAAAGGCAUUGAAAGGACCAUGCUGGAGAUAAACACCUUCAAAGUGGAACAAUUACCCCUCAGGGAUGUGGCUGUCAGUGACUUCGGAGACAAUAACCAAAAGUUUGGCUUUGAAUUAGGGCCUGUCUGCUUUAAUGGUUAAUCAUUUUGACUCCAAAAAUAAAACCACCUGUUGACACGCAAGAGAAGCCGAUUUUGUUUUUCUCGCCAUAUGGACCAAAAGAAAAUUCCACCACUUCAUUGGCAAGGAUUUAGCUUGACAAUUUUCCCUUCUUUUUAUUUUGUAUUAUAUAUUUUAUGUUUGGACAUCUGCAUAAGACCACAAAUUUGUCUUUAGCAAAAGGUCCACUUUUUCCCCCCUAAACACGGAUAUAACACAA